AGGCUGCCUGCUGCUUCUGUGGUAGCUGUCUGCAGACCCUACCACCUCUGGGCCCAGGCUGCUGCUGGGUGUCUGCUGUCCACCCAGCCUGCUCCCUGCUGCACCUUGGUGCAGCAGGGCGGCCGCCUUUGAGAAUUUGAUGACCUCUGUGCCAUCUGCCGGGAAAGAUGUACACAACACAAUUUUUGAAGUUACACACACACACACACAAACCAUCAUGGGAGUCCUGGGCCUACAGCUCCACCCAAACAUAUAUCUCCUCUAGGGAGAAGUGGGAGGCUGGGGAGGAAAGCCAGUUGCAGUGUGGGGGCCCUGAGGGAGCCAAGGGAACAGCUAGCGGGGUGGCUGGGGAAGCCUGCUGCCUCCCUCCCUCCCCUGCCAGGCACGGAGGCGCUGAGUUGUUCUGUUCCCUAACGCUUGUGUGGGCUGCGCUCUGCAGCCACCAGUUCUAUUCCUGCCACAGUGUGGGAACAAGCUAUGUUUAGGGCUGUGUGGUGAAAACAGUUUCCAGCCAGACAUCAGGCAAAGCCCAGCAGUCCCUGGGGCCGUUUAGACCCCGAUCUCCCAGCAGAGGUCGUCCAAGAAGACGGGGCCCCACGUGUGGGGCACAGCUGAGGCUCCACCCCGACCAGGUGCCAGCCACUUGCCUCCUGGGUGCCUUGGACCUGUGUUGUGUGCUGGAGGCACUGCAGCCGGCUGGGCCAGAGGGGCUGGAGGGCCUGGCUUCUGGCACCGGCCCUGCUGCUCUUCACAUCUUCAGGCCUCGCUCCCUUGUGUUAAAUGGGGUCAGGGGACACCGAGAUUUGCUUGUUUGACGGAUGUAAAUUUCCUUCCCUGAAGGGGGGAGCCCCUGAUUUCUCGCAGGCAAUAGUGCCUGCCCGCAGGAACCUGGGGUGACUAAUGCCACAAAAACCGGCCACAAACGUUUUAGGACGGCGGGCCUUGGAGGGCUGCUGCCUUUGGUGAUCCCGGGUACCUUGUCUAUGGGGUCGCGCGAGAAGGCGCUGGGGAGUGGGGGUGGUCCGCUGGACCUCUCGUGUAGACUGGCACUCGGUGAGCCCGCGGCCCAAGGUGACAGGACACAGGGGCAGCCGGGCCUCGCAGCCUCGCGUGGCUGGACCGCGUGCCAGCAGCCGCGGCCACCUUCCUCGGGCGGCCGUAUGGGGGCGGCCCCUGGCGGCGGGAGGACUCCGCGGCCGGCGGGGGCGUGGGAGCCGGGACCGGGCCGCCCCCGCGGGGUCUGUCAAACCUCAGCGCCCACGGAGAUCCGGGCGGGCCCGAGGGCCAACCGGGGGAAACUGAGGCACCUAAAGGCCCAAGGGCACUCCGGUUAUCCUUUUUCGCCCCAGGGGCGUCGCCGGGAGCGCCAUUUGUCCCGGGACCCCCGGCGUCUCAACCUGAACUCGUCCGCGCCCGGAGGCGUGCGGUACCCUCCGGCUCCAGUCCCGGCCUCGGUCGGGAGCGGACCUACCGACGGGGCGGCGGGCAAAGCGCGGGGCCCGCGGGGAUGGUGCGAGUGCCGGGAGCGCGGGGUCGGGGCGGGGGGCAGACAAAGGCAGGGGACGGCGAGCGAGGGAAAGACAAAGCGCAGAGGGGGUCGGCGGCGGCGCGGGGGCCCCGGAGGCGGCUCCGGGCGCGGCGGAGCCAAUGGGCGGGCGCGGGGCGGGGGCCGGCGGGGGCGGUGCCGCGAUAAGGCGGUGGCGGCGGCGGCCGCACGGGGACCACUGGCAGCGGCGGCAGCUCGCGCCCGCGCCCUCCUCGCACCCGAGGCGCCCCCCGGAGACCGACCCCCGCCCCGCAGCCCAGGCCGGGGCCCCGGAAGCCAAAGGCAGCGGUGGCAGCAGCACUGUCCAGCGCUCCAAGUCCUUCAGCCUUCGGGCCCAGGUGAAGGAGAGCUGUGCCGCCUGCCAGAAGACCGUGUACCCUAUGGAGCGCCUGGUGGCGGACAAGCUCAUUUUCCACAACUCUUGCUUCUGUUGCAAGCACUGUCACACCAAGCUGAGCCUGGGCAGCUACGCGGCACUGCACGGGGAAUUUUACUGCAAGCCCCACUUUCAGCAGCUGUUUAAGAGCAAAGGCAACUAUGAUGAGGGCUUUGGCCGGAAGCAGCACAAGGAGCUCUGGGCCCACAAGGAGGUGGACGCCGGCACCAAGACGGCCUGAGGCCCCUCUGCUGUCCACCCCCUCCAUAGAAGAGGGCCUGGAGUGGG